AAGGGCAUGCGCAGGGCGGCGGGCCAGAGCCAGUCGGUGAAGAAAGCAGAGAAGGCGGCAAUGAAGGCCGCGGACAACCCUCCCAAGCCGCAUACCAUGCACAAGGGGCAGAAACACGUCAUCGACGCGCUGAGGAAGCACGGCCACUUGCCAGAGUGGGCGGGGGCCAGCUGCCCGCAUUGCACUAAUGGCACCCUCGGCAAGCUCAACAAGUGGUCUGAUAAGCAGGGCGGAUGGAGCCACAGGCGCAACCACAGCGGGUGCCAUCGGCGCGUCUUGCCGCGCGCGUUCCACCCGAUCUUCGUGGCGGGCACAGGGCAAUCGCACGCGCCCCCGCGAGAUCAGGCGCCCGCCUUAUUCUUGUCCGUGGCGGGGGCCUCGCAGGUGCGCAUUGGGCGCCUCGCCCAGAAGAAUCACAAGAUGGACGGCGGCCCCAGCCCUGUCGACUGGGAGCAGCGGGGCGGGAUCGUGGAGAAAAGCGCCCCAGACGCGCUCGUGCUCUUUAGGCUGGAGCCCGCGAAGACGAGGAAGAGGGCGCCAGGCCCAGGGGCCACUCGCAAGCGGGACUGGAUGCCCGCGGCGAAGGAGUGGCUCAAGGGCCGCCGCGUCAUUCUGCACGCGGACGGCGCGCCCAAAAAGAAGUUGUGGGUGAUGGCGGGGGCGCAGGUAAUCGACAACUGCUGGCACGGUCUCCGCAAGCACCUCGGCAGCGUCAAGGUCGUGAAUACAAAGCUUCUCCGCCAGAAGACCCAUUCGUUCCAGUGGGAAUAUUGGAACCGCGGUGCCGACUACUGGCAGCGCACGGGGGACAUGCUGAGCGACUUGUGGCACAAGGCCUACGCCCGCUCCAUCUUUCUCGCCUCGCCAGCCAUGGCCGGCGCCCCUGCCGGCCAGGUUCCCUCUUUGGGGCAGCUCGCAUACGACGCCGCCGGCGACGGCAAGCUGACCGUCGAGGAGGCGAGCUUGAUGGCCAGCGGGGGCAAGUUGGACGAUCACCCUUCGAAGUGCGUCAGGAAGGACAGGUUGUCUUCCGCUGGUGACCUUUCAAUGUUGAACCCCCCCUUGGUGCCGAUCGCACAUUCGAGCACUGCGAAGUUGAUAGCAUUCGCCGACGUCGCGUCCAACUACGGGGGCCCAAUUGACUUUGAUAGGGUCCACGAGCUGCGCUGCAAUGGUAAUUUCAAGGGCUUGCAGGGCCCGUUGUCUCUCAAGAAGGAGCCUGCCAUUCCGCACACGACGCAGCUGUUCAUCAUGCGCGACAACCCCGCGGACUCCGAAUGCUCCACCCACCGCAUCCUCAAGAUUGUCAGCUUCGAGAAGAACACGCGUGACCGCCUGAAGGUAACGGCUGACGUUCCCAAGGCUUUCCUCAACCCCAAAGAGGAGGACGCUCUGCUGCGGGCUCGGUGGGGCGGCUGCGGUUUCGAGCAAAGGUCGCGCAGGCGAGCCGCUGCUAACACUUGCGACCGCGACGCGGAGAGGGCGGCGCUGGAUGCCGUGACGCGCAACAAGUACGACUUGGACCGCGUCAAGAAGAUCGUCGCCCCGUCGCUCGAGGAGGCGAAGACCGAGGAGGACUUCAAUGCCAUCCUCGCCAGGUCGCACUUUGUCGUGGUCACGGACCCCGGGGUGCCCUGGCGCGCGGCGUCCGCAGAUCUGGAGGGCGGCGCCGAGUUCACGCCGUGGCCCAACCCCAGAGCCCCCGACCUCUUCGCCAGCGAGGUGCGGGACACGUCGUCGCCCGCUGUCCGCCCGCUCCCUUCAGACUAUGCCGACAAGAUGGAAUGGUCUACCGGCUGCAUGAGCAGUCUGGCGGAGGGCCGUGACGUGCCCACGGUUGCGACGAUCCGCAUUGCCCCGAUGUUUGGCGAUGACCUUGCACGCGCGGUCUCCGUUGUCGGCAGCAUGUCAGGCUUCGUCGAGCCAGGCGCGGCGGCAAGCGCAUCGUCCGCCCCCGCGGCCGCUUCGGCGUCUCGUUCCGAUGGCGCGGCAGACGCACCAGCCGCGGCCGUUUCGGCGUCUCACCCCGACGACGCGGCAGACGCACCAUAUGAGGGCGACGCGUUCGGUCUCGGCGGCGGCAUGGAUGGGCCAGAGGAGAGCGCCCCCGCCGCAAGCGCCGCGCAGCCUGACAUCGUGGGACGUUGCGGGGAGCUGACGAAGGAGGACCAGGAUGAGCAGAUCGCCAUUUUCAAGAGCCUCGCCAGGGCGCGCCACGGCGCCUGCGAGGACUUGUGCUCGCCUCCGCCAGUGAAGAGGGCGAAGAGGCCCAUGGUGGGAUGCGGGGGUCCGCUGUCGAGAGUGGACGCCGCGGAGCAAGAGGCGAUAUUCGCCUCCAUCGUCGCUUCGGCCCGCAGGGGGGCGAUCGCCGUCGACGGCGACGACGACAACGACGGCGCCCUGGAGGCCGAGCUCGGGCGCCUGAUUGAACAGGGCGAUCAGGCCUCGGGGCCGGCGGCGGCGCCCCCCACCGAUGCCGAGUCGCCCCGCUGGGAAACCAUGGGCAACCCCGAACACGGCGCGGAGCAGUGCGACCGCAAGCUCGAGAACAACCGCGCGCGCAAGGCCAGAGUCAAAAAGGACAAGGCCAAAGCGGCGAAGCACAAGCUCAAGAUGCGAUUCCAGAGGCCGCUUUUGAAGAAGAUCGCGGACCUGGAAGAGCAGGCGGCGGACAACUGGGAGCUCGCCGAGAAGCGUGCGCGGUCCAACAAGCAGCUUCGGGAGCGAGCGCGGAAACAGACGAGGGAGCUGGCCGAGAGCAACGCGGCCGAGGAGAACGCACAGGCGAAGGGAGCUGCAGACGCGAAGGCCCUCAAGGCCUGGAAGUCCUGGUUCGAGGCUUUCUCGCGCGCGCGCGACCAGGAGCUGCCGCCGAAGGCGACGAAGCUUCUGAGGGACUGGGCGACUUGGCCGUUCCCCUUGCGCAAGAGGGGCAAGGACAGGAUGGGCCAGCGCAGGAAGCAAGCGGAGAAGGUCGAGUGCGCGCGCCACGGGAAGAAGACCGUGAAAUCCCGCAAGGAGCGCGAAACCUGGCGCCGCAACUACGACAGCUUCCACGGGAAAACUGCGGACCAGAUGGUAGACCUGCUCCUCGAGGAUGGCGUCCUGCUUGACUGGGAAGGCCGCACCUGCCCUCACUGCGGCGUCGGAACCUGCGGCGCGCGGGUGCACGAUGACAAUCGCGGCCCGCAUUGGCGAUGCAACGGCGGUAGGCUGCGCGGCAAGACCGUCGACCCGUGCACCGCCCACCCCGUCUUCAAGUCUGGCGGGGGUUGCCAAUCGUCGAGUUUGUCGACGAAGGCCAAGGUCCUCGUCUGCCUCACGCUCGGCAUGACCACCGCCCAGAUACACUUGCUGACAGGUGCCAACCACAAGAUGAUCGAGGACAUGAGCGCGGCCGCGGCAGCCGCGCGGCAGAUCUACGUGGAAAAGAACGAACCCAACAUUGUCUUCGGCGACGAAGCUCAGCGGCGCUGGUUCGACGUGGAGGCAGAUGAGUCGGUCUUCCGCGCCCAGCUGUCCGACGACGGUCGUUCCAAGACGCGGGAACAGUGGGCGGGCGUCGUCGAGCGCGGGCGCCCUGAUAGCCUCGUUCUGUGGAAGACCCAGUCAGACGGCACCGAGGCCAACGCGCCAGGCUCAGGCGCCAUCAAGAAGACGGAUUGGGCGCCGUUCCUAAAAAGCCGCUUAGAGAACAGGAAGGUCAUCUUGCACUCUGACGGGGCCCGCAGCUACAAGAUGCGCGCGUCGGGGCUCGUGCGCGACCACGUCGUGCACUGCAAGAAGCGGAAGAAGAUCGGCAGGAAGUGGGUUUGGUUGAAGCCAGUCUACUCGAAGGUUGUCACCCACAAGUUGCCCGACGGCUCCAAGAUCAGGGUAAAGACAGGGGCGCAGAUCAUCGACCGCGCCUGGAGGUCCAUCAAAACCCUCAUUGGCACGCGCACGGACCUCCCAGGCAGCAGGCGUCUCGCGGCUUCGGUUCGCUCGGCCCAGUUCGAGUACUGGAACAAGGGCAAGGAUAUGUGGGCGGCCACCGCGGAUGCCAUCUGGGAGGUCAUGGACGCG